CCUUUGCCGUUUCGCGCGUUCGAUUUUAACCUACGUCAGACACUCUCUCAAGCGCUUCGACUCAAACGCUGGUAAAUGUUUAUGCAAGUUCCAGAAGCCUGCCAUGUCAACUCGUGCCGGCUCUAACUCAAUAGAUCUCUUUUGGAAGCAUGGCUGCUGCUACAGGAGAUAGCAGUCAUGAAGGCACGUCACCUUUGCUUGCCACUAGUCAAGUGUCCUUUAUCAACAACAAGCCACCUCAAGCUGCUGGCAGGAUAGAAAACUCCUCAGAAGAUGAAGAUGGAAUCCCUAAGGAGGCCUAUCUCUUGGAGAGUGCCGAAGUUCACACUGGAACUAGCAGAGUUGAUAAGGACAAAAAGGCCCCAGACAACGUGUCACACUCUUCACAGCCAGCGGAAAGAGACCAUAAACGUUGGGAAUGGAAGUCCCUUAAAGAGUUGUCUACGCUGAGCUGUGAGCAACUUCAACAACUUAGUACGCAACUUUCUCAGCUUAUCAAGCAACGAUCCACUGAUCUGGCGCCAUUGCUCGAGGAACACCACAAUUUACAAGAGGAAAUCGAUGCACGCAAUGUUGUCAUACAACAGCUUUUGAAACUCACCUGUCAGCAGAUGGAGCUGCCGCGUCGGCCCAUUCAAAUGUCGGUUAUAUUUCCCGAAAGCAAUUCCGAUGAGGAGGAGUCUGACGCUGCCUUGUACAAUUGAUCUCGCUGGGAUGCCUGCAGUGUGGGGAGCCUCACGAGUCCCCCACUGCGGGUGUGCACUUUUUGUUUUGUUUUCGCACACUGUAUUGUUGCGCCACGCGUGAUUCGUUUUUCAGAACACUCUUAAAGUCUUUUUUAUUUUUUACUUGCACUUGUUGAAUGCUAGCUGCACGGGUAUUUGCAAUGUAUUUUCUGAUAAAGUGCCAUGCACAGUAUUUGUUCAUGAAGCUGUUCCUGUUGCAGCAGUUUCUACAUUGUACAGUUUGGCAUUGGACAGUCACCUACCAUGGGAUCCAAGAAAAGGCAGAAUAUUUACACAGCUUCAUUGCACUGUUUUGUAUUCUAGUUUUAAUUCUACAUUGCUACAUGAAAACAGGGGCAGCUGCCAAAGCAAUCUGCCCGAAAAUCAUACGUUUUCACAGCCCCCACGGUUUGUAAAUGUCCGAUGUCGGCUGCACGUAUACGUUGCCAUGUGUGUUCAGUCAACCUAAUAGCGGUGCCUGCUUGCGCUUGCAAGUAUUAGGAGGCAUAAGCUGUGCCAGGAAAAGAUACUCACUGCUUUUGCGUGGUGUUCAGGACACGUAGCCAAAGAAUUAGGACCAAGCUACAGCUGUUUCCACAUGAGAAGCAGAGCUUGUCAUCAUAAUUUUGUACAAAAUCUGCUAAUCAAACUCUGUUCAAUCAUUAGGGCAUUUUAUUGCUCUUAUAUAGAGCUUUUUUUUUAGCUAUCUCAUUGAAAUCACCACCAGGUGAUGCACAAAUGUACUGCAAAGAUGGAGCGUGAAAGAAUAAAUGUUUUUGCUUCUCUCGGU